AUGGAUCCCAAAAUGGACUUCCACAUCAAGGUCUAUGCAUCAUCAGCUCUUCCCAAUCAACCCUGGAUCUCAGAUUUUACGUCCAUGGUGAACGCCAGCUACCGUGUCAGCCACACUGCCAAAAUAAAGUUUUCCACAAAUAAGACCAGACUUCACACCGACUCCGCACUGUCCGAAGAGCUUGGUGCAGACGGAUUCACCGCGGUGGCAUUUAUUGAAGAUGCCGAAGAUCAAACACCCAAAUUGGUCGGGACCGCAAGUAUAAAGAAAUGGAAAGACGACGGCCUUUGGAUGCCUACAACUAAAAACGGGCAUGAAGACGCUGCCAAUACUCGAUGUGUCGAUCAAAUGUUGCACCGACAGGCUUGUCCCGGCGACUAUGAGCUUGCUGUUGUUGCUCUCCCCCCAGGUCCACAAUACCGCGGCAGGGGUAUUGCUGGUCAUCUUGUGAGGGCGUGUGAAGAAGAGAUCUUGCGUCGGCAUCGGGUCAAUGGAAAGGAUGUGUCGUCUCCGCUACGAAUUAUGACUCGGGUUAAUAAAGAGGACACUGGUGGCUACUGGCUAAAACAGGGGUUCACUGUUGUUGGUAGCCAGAGGCGUCCUAAGGGGUUCUGGGAUUCGUUGGAGGAGUUUACUAUAUGGGCUAUGGUGCGAGAGUUGUCAGCAUAA